UCCCAGAAUGCAGCGGGGCGUCCGUUCGUCACUGGUGGAAAAUUUGGGAAGUCGGCAGCGAAAAAUCCUCAUCGACGGGCGAAAAUAGGAUUGAACUAGGGCAAAAUGAUCAAGCUGUUCUCCCUUAAACAACAGAAGAAAGACGGAGAGGUCGGGGGACAGAAAACCGGGACCAAGAGAGCGUCGGCAGCACAACUCCGCAUAACCAAAGACAUUAACGAGCUGCAGCUGCCGAAGACGUGUCAAACGGAGUUUCCCGACCCUGAUGACCUCCUCAACUUCAAGCUCAUUAUCAUGCCUGAUGAGGGUUUCUACAAGGGUGGCAGAUUUGUGUUUAGCUUUAAGGUCGGACAGGGCUACCCCCACGAACCCCCCAAGGUCAAAUGUGAGACGAUGGUUUACCACCCAAACAUCGAUCUAGAAGGAAACGUCUGCUUAAAUAUUCUGAGGGAAGACUGGAAACCUGUCUUGACGAUUAACUCAAUCAUCUACGGGCUGCAGUAUUUGUUCUUGGAGCCGAAUCCAGACGACCCGUUAAACAAGGACGCGGCGGAGGUCCUGCGGAGCAACAGGCGACUCUUCGAACAGAACGUGUCCAAGUCCAUGCGGGGGGGAUACGUAGGAUCAACGUACUUCGAGCGCUGUCUUGUCAAGUGAUUGCCUGUCGUCUGAUAUCAUGCUAUUGUCAAUAUUAACAUUAAUCUUAAAAGAAAUUGAAGACAAAACAAAAAAAAAACAAUCCAGAAAAAAAAACGAGUAUGGUACUACUAGGAAACAGCUGGACACACCAUGUGGCGAGCACGACUGACAUGUGGCGCAGGCUGGCAUGUUGUUUGGAACUGGAGCGAAGCGUUAUUUUAUGGGUAAGUUCUCAGAUAUUCACGGCCACACGCAAGACUGGCUGGACAUUAAGAAGGAGACUUUGUCUUUAAGGAAAAGGGAGAGACUUCUUCCGCUUACUUACUUAACUAUCGUAGAGCUUAGACAAGACAGAGGAACAGCACGGGUCAUUCUAGUACUUGUGGUGUUCUGGGGAUUUCUUUGAUGUAAAAAUGGGGAAAAAAAUUGAGUGUCAGGAAAAAAUAUUUUAUUGCAAUCCUCUUUUACCUUACGUUGCCAUUAAACAUUGACUGAUGAACUUCUUUCACAAAUGUUUUUUUUUUUUUAAGAAAAACGCUAUGAAACACUGAGACACAAAUGUACUGAAUGUUAGUCUAUAAAACUGAAGUCCAUAUUGUAAACUGCUUCAGAACAGACAUCUAGAAGAGAGCUUCAAGACAAAGCGGAGUUAAUUUGUAUACAGAAGUUGGCAGCAGUGAAAACCAGAUCACUUUGUACAGUGUAGUUGUAUACAUAGAUGUACGUAUCUAUGCAGGUAAGGGGUUUUGGAGAACAGUCUUUAAAAAAGUACAUGAAUGCAGGAUUUUAGUCAGCCUUUUUUUUUGGCAGAGAAAUUGAAAGUCUAUGCUUUUGGUGGUGCCUCUACAGUGCUUGUAAUAGUAAUGAAUACAGCUGCAGGGCUGGAAAAAAAGGGCCUCCGAUUUGAACCCGACACAAAAAAAGAUGCAGCAAAGUAACAGACAUGACUAAAAUAAAAAUGUAGUUCUGCUGUGUCUAUAGGGGAGUAAAAGGGACACGCUUCACAAAGAUUAUUCGACCUGCAAGAAUGGUUUUGAAAAUUUGCUGAUAGGAUUGUAAAGACGCAUUAUAAAGAUACAAUGCGUCAGUUGAGUUUUUGAUAUGCCCCUUUUUUGCUACUUGCGAAACCCUGUGACAUGUGAACAUGCUGGGCACAAGUCAGGUAAGGACAAGAUUAGACCCCCCUCCAUUCAAUAGUAGUAGAAAGAGUGAACAUACAAAAAAGAGCCAUAAUGAGCAGUUUAUAAAAGUAUAUUUGAAAGCAAUGUUCAGUACAUCUUUAGCACCCUAUUAAUAAUAGUCUUACAGAAGCUUCACCACUGCAAAUAUCCCUAAAUUAGUGUGUUACAUUCAGUAUUUCCAUAUUGUCCAUAGGAGCAGGCACUUCUUAUCGGUAUGUUUUCUGACAGGUUAUUUUAAGUAAUUUCUUGUACACGAUUCUUGUUUCGUCAGUCGUUUCUUGUACAGGAUUCUUGUUUCAUGUACAUGUAUGAUUACACUUUGUUUAAGACUUUAUAUAUGAAUAAAGCUGCCUUUACUUCUACAUGUUUCA